GUCCGUGUGCGUUUGCGUUGGUGUUGCCCAGACGGCGGAGUGGCCGCCAUCAUGAUGAACAGCGGUGGAAUCGGGGUGCCGCUGGGCUUCCCCUUGACCCCCACUUCGGUUAUCCAGGUCACCAAUUUAUCCUCGGCGGUCACUAGCGAACAGAUGCGGACGCUUUUCGGUUUUCUAGGCGACAUCGAGGAGUUACGGCUCUACCCGCCAGACAACGCACCGCUUGCUUUUUCCUCCAAAGUAUGUUAUAUAAAGUUUCGGGAGUCUUCGAGUGUUGGUGUGGCCCAGCAUCUAACAAACACGGUUUUUAUUGACAGAGCUCUGAUAGUGGUGCCUUGUGCAGAAGGUAAAAUUCCAGAUGAAGCCAAAGCCCUUUCUCUCUUGGCUCCAGCUCCUACGAUGACAAGCCUGAUGCCUGGUGGAGGGUUGCUUCCUAUACCAACACCUCCUGUGAGUUCAAUUGGCAUUUCCCUUGGCCCACUGGGAGCUAUACCAGCAACAGCGUUGGACCAUAAUAUUACAGCCGUUGGAGACAUACCCCAGCCACCCAUUAUGGGUAAUGUGGAUCCUUCCAAGAUUGAUGAAAUUAGGAGAACUGUUUAUGUUGGAAACUUAAAUUCCCAGACGACCACAGCUGAUCAGCUGCUUGAAUUCUUUAAACAAGUUGGAGAAGUCAAGUUUGUACGGAUGGCAGGAGAUGAGACGCAGCCAACACGGUUUGCUUUUGUGGAAUUUGCUGACCAAAAUUCUGUUCCUCGGGCCCUUGCCUUUAAUGGAGUUGUGUUUGGAGACAGGCCGCUCAAGAUGUCUCGAUUUCUGGACUGUCAGACCAGUUCUGGAGAUGCGACAACCCUACUCCCAGCUCUGGAGGCAAGAGGCAAAGUUGGAAAUUGCGGGACCCUCCAGAGCAGGAUAGAGUUUGGCACAGAGGCUGUUGGAGAGAGGAGGGAUCAGCAGAAUGGGGGGAAAUCCCCUCUUCCCCAUGCAAUAAAUCACUCCAAUAAUGCAAUAGUGAAGCCUCCUGAAAUGACACCACAAGCAGCUGCUAAAGAGUUAGAAGAAGUGAUGAAGAGGGUACGAGAAGCCCAGUCUUUUAUAUCUGCUGCUAUUGAGCCAGAGUCUGGAAAGAGCAGUGAAAGAAAAGGUGGUCGGUCGCGCUCCCAUUCACGUUCAGAAUCCAGAUCUAGUUCAAAAUCUCGAAGGAAAAGAUCACACUCAAAACGCAGGAGUAGAUCCCGUGACAGAUCACGCUCUAGUCAGAAGGAGAGGCGCAGAACUCCACCCCAAAAACGCUCGAAGUCUGAAGGACAGAGGUCAAGAAGCCGUUCUCGUUCUCGAGAGAAGAAGAAGGAAAGCAAAGAGAGAAUCAGAGAAAAAGAAAAGGUUAGAGAGAGAGACAGAGAGAAAGAAAAAGAGCGAGAUCGGGACAGAGACAAAGACAGGAGCAGAGACAAGGAUAGGAGCAGAGAUCAAGAGAGAGAAAGAGACAAAGAGAAGGUCAAGGAUAGAGACAAGGAUCGAGUGAAAGAUAAAGACAAGGAUAGAGGGAAGGACCGAGAUAAGGAAAAAGACAGGGAGAAGGAAAAGCAGAAAGACAAAGAGAAAGUGGCAGACAUAGAAAAAGACAAGGCAGAUGACCCAGACAAAGAACGGGAAAAGAAUAAAGAGAAGGAGGGAGACAAGGAGAAAGAUGACAAAGAACAGAUAAAGGAAAAAGAAGAUGGCAAAGAGAAAGAACAGGGGAAAGAAAGAGAGGGGGAGAAAAACAGUGAGAAAGAAGGAGAGCGGGAGAAAGAUAAAGGAAAAGAGAAGGAUAAGGAGAGGGAACGAGAGAGAGAGAGAGAUGAAAAAAGGAAGAAGGAGAAAAGAUCCAGGACCCCUCCCAGAAGCUACAGUUCUUCAAGAAGAUCACGCAGUUCCAGCAGAGAUAGACGAAAGAGGAAGAGCCGAAGUCCCUCAAAGUCUCCCAGACUCUCCAAAACCACAAAAAGGAAAUCUUCCCGCUCUCCAUCUCCAAGGAGAAACAAGAAAGACAAAAAGAAAGAGAAAGAGAGAGAAUCAAGUAUUGAUAGACGAGAAAGGGAGCAGUCUACCUCCAAGAAAAAGAGUAGCAAGGACAAAGACGUCAAAGAAAAAUCUGAUAAAACCACAACAUUGAAGGAUAAAGAUCUUCCUAAGGAGAAUCAGGAUGCUGAAGUUGACAAACCAGAGAAGGAAGAUACAGCAGUUGCAGAAGAUGUCAAACUACAACAAAAUGGAAACUGUCAACCAAAUGAAGAAAAUCUUCCCAUUAAAACAGAAGAUGUGUAGAGUACUGAAUGGACCUGACUCAACUGUGGAAAGAAAUAUAAAACUUUUUUUCCUCCUUUCUCUCCCAAUACCCUUCACCCUCCAAAAGGGGAUAAAAAGUACCAAGCAAUCAACUGGACAUGUUGUAUUGUGCUAGCAGCUCUUCUGUUUCUUGUGGUGGUUUUGGUAAUAUUGAAGACAAGCAAGAAGCCACACUGACCAAUAGGAUAUGCUGUGACAAAAAGCCAAUGGCAUCAGACUUGAUCAUCUGUAGGAAUCCGUGCAUUUCUGUGGUGAUAGGAUUGGCCAACAUCUGUUGCAAAUAAGUGGAAAGAUAUAACCUAUACUACCCAGAAAAUCUGCUGGAAUGCAUUGGAAGCUGUUAAAAUAUUGAUAGUUUAAUGAAUUUUAUGUUUUACUUUGUGGAUUUUUAAACUAAACUCCAUGUGGUAUGUUUUGAUAAUGUGAUUGAAAAUGUUGCAGAAAUACACACGCUUCCCUUGUUGUUGUAAAUGACAGUGAUGAAAAGUUUUAACCUAACACAGUUUUACAGUUAAUUGUGUUGAUGCCCACAAUGGCAAAUGAAGAUUCUUCUUUUGUUGCUUGUGACUUUCUUUUUUAUACUUUUAAGUAAUUUCCUUAUAAAUAGUUCUAAAAUCUUUCUCUUAUUAGUAGUUGACUGGUGCAUGCUAUUGUUCUGAUUCUAUAAAGAGCGGCCAUGUUUAUGUUGAAUUUCCAUUCUUUCAACUAUAAGCACAUCUGUGUAGUGAUCUCCAAACAACUGGCUUUGUACUGCAGUGUGCCCAGUCACCUGCAAAUAGGACAGAUACCUGUAAUGAAAAUAAAUGUUUGCUUUCAAACUGGGAUGUGGGAGCACAAGCUGAUGCUUUAGUGCCUUUGAAACACAGAAUAGUGAUUUCUGUAAACGUAUGUACUCUAACCCCCUCUUUGUUGAAUUUCCCUUGAUUUUCUUUAUGAUUUUGUCACAUGAGUAAACAAAAAUCUGAGAGGUCUGUCAGUUUUGCCAGUCCUUUGGUUAUUUUAGGAACAGAUUAAAGAUCUGUUCAAAUGGGAAAAGAGGUGCAAUAUUGAAAUCACUUUUCAAGGGUCCUUGUAAGGUAGGCACAACCCAAUUUACAAUUCAGUUAAUCUAUAAGUUACUGUACUAUAAGCCAGGUCUGAAUUGAACAGUUCUAGAUAACAAGUAUUUCAUCUUAACUGGGUUGUGGAACUGGGCUGAAUGUCUAACAUUGAAAUCAAAGGUGCCCUCUAAACAUCCUGUCUUGGACAUCCUCAAGAGCAGCUUCUUCACAUCUCUAACACCAGUUGUGUAAUGUGACAGAAACAGUUUGCAAGUUCUUGGAAGAUAACAGCACCAGUUCCUGUUUAGUUGCUGGAAAUAGCCUCUGAGAGAACAUCACAUGGGAAAUACAACUCCUUUCUGAACUCACUGCAGCACUGUAAGAUUCAACAAAAAGUAAUACCUUAAACAUGAUUACAUUAAAAUCACGAACUAUUUUUAGUGUAACAUACAUACAAUCAGAUUGCCUUACCUCAUGGAAAAGAGUUAACGGAAAAGCCAAGUAUAUUAGUGACUUGCUUUCAAUUUGAGUUUUCCAAAUAGUAGUAAAAAGCUAUAGAAAUGUAAACAUUUUAUGGUGAAUGGAAAAACCUAAACCACACCGUAAGGUAAUAAAACCCAGUUUAAUUGUGGCACUGCUUUAAUUGCCCUUUUUACCCCCUUAUAGCCUAAAGGGUUUUGUGUUUUGUUCUCGUUUUGGCCUCUGUGUACAUGAAAACUAUAGUGUAUGCUUUACCAUGUAAAGUAUGAACAGUCAUUUUUGUGAUGUUUAAGCCACAUGCAGUUGGCUGGCAAGCAGCGUAUUCUGAUGAUAAAGGAAUGACAAAUCUCAUCUGCUUCUUGAAAGACUGAAAGAUUGUGUCUUGGAACAGCAGCUGUCAUAUUUAUGAUGUAUAAGUAGCAUAGAGCAAAGAUUGUAUACUUGUUAUCUUUGGUACCAUCACUAAUAAAAUUAAGUAUUUUAGA